ACUCGUUGCUAAAUUUGCAAACAAGAAAACGCAAAAGAUAUUUGCUGCUGGCCACCCAGCAAAGUUUUCGUCGUUGCAAAUUAAACCUAUUUCGUUUAGUGUUAUAUAUAUUACUGCAUAUUAUUGCUAAUUGCUCUGCUUUUAAACUAAGCAUAAACCACGACUGGCAUCGUCUGAGUGUGAUUGGAAGUAUAAACAAAUACAGAAGCGAUACGCAUAUACACAGAAACAAUAGUAACACCCCCGUGCUCGUUGUUGCAGCCCUACAUUCCUGUUCCCUAGUUAAAGCCAAAACACAGAAAAAAUAUAAAAACGGUCCCAAUAUGACUGCAGCACCUUACAACUACAACUAUAUAUUUAAGUACAUCAUCAUUGGGGACAUGGGCGUGGGCAAGUCCUGUCUGCUGCAUCAGUUCACUGAAAAGAAAUUUAUGGCCAACUGCCCACAUACAAUUGGCGUUGAGUUUGGCACACGCAUCAUUGAGGUAGAUGAUAAGAAGAUUAAGCUACAAAUUUGGGAUACGGCCGGUCAGGAACGUUUUCGAGCUGUGACACGUUCGUAUUAUCGCGGUGCAGCUGGUGCUUUAAUGGUCUACGACAUAACCAGGCGCUCCACAUAUAAUCACUUGAGCAGCUGGCUAACCGAUACUCGUAAUCUCACAAACCCUAGCACUGUGAUCUUUCUGAUUGGCAAUAAAUCUGAUUUGGAGAGCACACGCGAAGUAACCUAUGAGGAGGCUAAGGAGUUUGCCGACGAGAAUGGACUCAUGUUUUUGGAAGCCAGCGCCAUGACUGGUCAAAAUGUGGAGGAGGCAUUUUUGGAGACGGCACGCAAGAUCUAUCAGAAUAUACAGGAAGGUCGCCUGGAUUUAAAUGCAUCCGAAUCGGGUGUACAACAUCGACCUUCGCAGCCAUCGCGGCCAUCUCUCAGCAGCGAGGCAACGCAUGCCAAGGAUCAAUGCUCGUGUUAAAUGUAUUAAAUUUAUCUAUAAAAACACAUACACACAAACACACACAUAUAUAGUUAUACAAAUCGAAAUUUAAUUUUUAGCGCAACUCGUAAUCAUAUUGAUUUCUAUUCUAUCUAAAACCACAUGCAAUGAAUAGAAAGAAAACAAAACAAAAAUACAGUGUAUGUAGUUAAAUGAUUGGAUUAAGUCGUAAAAAAGUGUGAACAAACAACCAAAAUAUAUAUUGAUGUCUCCGACA